AUGGCUUCCCCUAGCGUUCUCACCUUUGACGCUGAGGGUUGGGCAGUGGACUUUGAGGUCUGGGUAGAUGAUCUACAGCUUUUCCUGCAGUGCGAUAGGGCAGACGGCCUCUCCCUGUUUGACCUCACUUCUGGUGCCUCCCCUGCCACUGCUGCUGAUGCUGACGCCACUGUUCGCUCACAGUGGGCCACACGUGACGCUGCUGCUCGCCUUGCUGUGCGCCGCCACUUACCGACCACUGAGCGUGCACACUUUAGCCAGGGUGUUCUCCCUCCCCCCUCUUGCCCUCUCUUACCUCUGCUGCUGCGGCCGACCUCGUUGGUUUCGAGUCGGUCGGCGCUGCGUCUGCCCCGAGCGGGAGACGCCGCACCGGCAAAGGCAAGGGGGGCAAGGGCACUUGAGGGGGUGGAGGGGGCGGUGGAGGUGGUGGUGGAGGCGGUGGAGGGAGUGGGGGUGGUGGUGGGAGUGGUGCUGGGGGUGGCGGUGGCGGCGGCAGCAGUGGAGGCUGCGGAGGCGGUGGAGGUGGCGGAGGGAGCGGAGGCGGUGGAGGUAGUGGAGGUGGAGGAGGUGGAGGAGGCGGCGGAGGCGGCGGAGGCGGCGGCGGCGGCGGAGGCGGCGGUGGUGGAGCGAGUCGCGACUCUGCGCCGAGGAGUGGCGCCGAUGGUGGUCACCGCCAGCAGCAGCAGCGGAGUGGUCGACCGCACUGGUGAGCAGUGCGGAGGUCCGCACUCCACCCAGCGCUGCUUUUGUCGCCUGACGGGCGUGUGGCGUUGCCAGUUCCCUGAGGCGUCAGAGAUCCCUCGCUGGGGAGAUCUGGCUAAGGCCGGGGUUGCUAUCUUUGAUCUUGACUUUGAUGCUAUUCUUGCUGCCAUGUAUGCUGUUGCUGAUAGUGUUGAGGGUGCCUAUUACCUGUGUGUACCGCCUGACCCGGGCAUUGAGGCUGCUGCGCUAGGUGCUGGUGAGACUGCUGCUCUAGGUGCUAGUGCGUCUGCUGCCCCAGGUGCUAGUGCGUUUGCCGCCCCAGGUGCUGGUGGGUCUGCUCUCUCAGGUACUACGUUGGCUUAG